UGGUAGACAUUCCAAGUAUUCAGCCAUCAGAUGUGCUUGCAGAGUCCGGAAAGGCCCUGAAAACUUUCACAGGGUUGAUUUAUGGGAAUCUAGUUCCGUUGGAGUCCUGAAGAAAAGUUCUCAUCUGUCCGGCUUCUAUCAAAACCAGCCGCCCGCCCCUUUCUGAGCUUCAAUCUCAACUGAGUUAAUCAUUGCUUUCCACGGCCACUGCGCUCAUAAUCAAGUUCUGGGUUCUUGUUCUGCGCCGCUCUGCAUCGCCCCGUUUGGACUCCAUUAAAGCUGCUUUUUGUUCCUGCGGAAACCGACGAGCUGAAGAUGAACCCCAGCAGCGGAAGACGCAGCGGGAAGACAUUUCUGUUCACAUCCGAAUCUGUAGGGGAAGGACACUCCGAUAAAAUGUGUGAUCAGAUCAGCGAUGCUGUGCUUGAUGCAUACCUAAGUCAGGACCCGGACUCUAAAGUGGCCUGUGAGUGUGUGGCAAAGACUGGCAUGAUUUUACUGGUUGGAGAAGUGACAUCUAAAGCCAUUGUGGAUCUCCAGUCUGUGGUUCGAAAUACCAUUAAGAAGAUUGGCUAUGAUGACUCGUCGAAAGGUUUCGACUACAAGACCUGCAACAUAUUGGUGGCACUGGAGCCGCAGGCCGGGGAGAUAUCAGACUGUGUGUUUGAAGGAAGGGAUCAGGAGGAUAUCGGUGCAGGCGACCAGGGCUUGAUGUUUGGAUAUGCUACUGAUGAGACUGAGGAGUGCAUGCCUCUAACCCUCCUACUGGCUCACAAACUCAAUUACAGGAUGAGGGAGCUUUCACUUAACGGAGAGUGUCCUUGGAUACUACCAGAUUCAAAGUCACAGGUUACGGUGGCGUAUCGGGACAGUGAGGGAGCUCUGGAGCCGCUUCGUGUCCACACUGUGGUCAUCUCAGUACAGCACAGCCCUGACAUCUCCCUGCAGGAGAUCAGGCACAGUCUGAUGGAGAAGGUGGUGAAAGUUGUGAUUCCUGCUAAGUAUCUGGACGAUAAAACUAUCUGCCAUCUACUGCCGAGUGGCAAAUUUCUUAUGGGAGGCCCACAGGGUGACGCAGGACUCACAGGACGUAAAAUCAUCGUAGACACCUACGGAGGGUGGGGUGGGCAUGGAGGUGGAGCUUUCUCUGGAAAGGACUACUCCAAAGUGGACCGCUCGGGUGCGUAUGCGGCACGAUGGGUCGCCAAGUCUCUGGUCAAAGCAGGACUGUGCAAGAGGGCCCUCGUCCAGAUCUCGUAUGCCAUCGGUGUGAGCCAGCCGCUCUCCAUCACCGUGUUUCACUAUGGCACAUCGAACAGGGACGAGGACGAGCUGCUGCAGAUAGUGCAGAAGAAUUUCGACCUCCGGCCUGGAGUGAUUGUGAGAGAGCUGGGACUGAAGCGGCCGAUUUACCAGGCCACUGCCUGCUACGGUCACUUUGGAAGAAAAGAGUUUCCAUGGGAACAACCAAAGAAACUUGUGUUUUAAUUCAAUAGUUAUGAAAAAGAUAUGUCCAGAUCAUUAACAAAAGACUUUUAGUGUUGAUUAAUUUUUUUUGUUCAUAAAUAAAAUCAUAAAUUAAGAUCUGUAUUAAACGUUUAAUAUACAGUCAAGAAAAAGUCAGGACACCGUAUGAAAGUCUAUAUGUUAUUUAACAUAUUUGGACACAUGGAUUUUUAAUAUCAUUUUCACAGUACUGAAAAUUGUAGGUAAUAUAAAUGAACAAUAAAAACUGACCUUUUAAAAAUAAAUGUGGACGCCCCUUAAAAUGGUGAAAAUUAUACACAUGGGAUAUCAGGUGCAAAUGAUUGUAAUAUUAUUCAGCAUUUUGAAGGAGGUUUGCCCUGUUUAGACCUCAGGGCCCAGAGCAGAAGACAUGUUUUGCAUAAACUAAAUGCAGUAUUCCGGGUAAAGAACCUAAUCAAUACUGUGAAGUAUGGGGUGGAUUGUAUUAUGAAUUAUAGUUGGGGCUUUCUGCAUUGCAAUGGGACCUGGCCAGCCUGGCCUGAUGGAAUCCAUAAACUCUACAUCAGAAGGUGCUCAUCAGAGACUAUAGCUACAAGAAGCUUCUCACUGAAGGUGAGAAGAGUUAAGAGUCUCUAUUAGGUUGUAGGGUGUCAUAACUUUUUCCUCAGUUAAAAAUCGGGUUUUGAUGAUGUCUUCUGUUUAAUGACUAUUUUUGUUGUUUAGAUGCAAUGAAACCACUUUCUGUUCCAGGAAUAAAAAAAAUAGAUUUGAUACCAAUAUGUGAACAUUUCUUAAUAAAGAACUGAAUAUUUAAUGCGAUGUCCUAAUUUUUCCAUGGCUGUAAGUCCUCAGUAUAAUUUUCUCAUCAGUGUAUGAUGUGCAGUUGUGUAUCUUUUAAUGAACGUUAAUAUUUGUUUGAAAUAACCUUUUGUUCUACUUGCAUAGCCAGAGGGAAACUUGGUCAUUUUGAGUAGAAAUGUUUGUAAAGAGAUUUCUAACUGUAAUCUUCUUAAACUCAUUAAAAGAAAGAAACUCUUAAAGGA